UUGCGUAGGACACAGCAGUUAUGUAAAGCAGAAUCAGAAGAAGAUUUGACUCGGUUGACUGAUCGAAUCAUCGACAUAAACAUCACUGAAUGGGCAGGUUCUGAAAAGACUUCCGCAUCAGGUGAAAAGAAAGCUGACGAUUCUGGUCAGUCAUCCGGAAAUAUUGGUAUCGAUGAUGAACUGGCGAGUGCGUUUGCAGAGGUACGAACGACGUUCAGAGGAAGAAGAUGGAUGGGCGAUAUGGAGUUGGGAACGGGACGAGCGUCUCACGGUCAACCGGACACUUCACCGUAA